GAUUUCCCGAACAGUUUAAUGGAACAAUUGAAGCUAAAGAAAAUGAAAAUCAGGGGAUGGAAAAUGCGAAGAUGGAUUGUGGUGUUGACAAUCUGUUUAGUGGCAUGCCUUGGCUUAGUGAGUUUACCUCAGCAAACAGUAGUGUUUUCCUCGCGGCUGAGAAUAUGAGUCCUAAUAGUGGGCCUUCCUGUAAAAUUGAUGAAUUCCAACGUUUUGAAUCAUUCUUACCAAAGUUUUUGACAGUUUCGAGAGACUUAUUUCUUCCUCCUGAAAGGCUAAGAUUUGGUCUGGUUUCUGAUAGAGGGUUGCUUUCAUCAUUAAAUGUUAAGGAUUCUGGAUCAUGGUUGGUGACAUUGCAUUUUGCUGGAUGCCCCAACUGUUUGAAGGUUCUCAAAGAAGGUGAUGAUCUCAAAGCUUUUGCCAAGAUUCAAGCUUGGCCAGUUGCAGAGGCAAGUUUCUGUUGUUUCCUUUUUCCUUAUGUUGAAUUGUUGAUCCAGCAAUUUAUGGGACCAUUUGGCUCUUGCACAAAUGACUGACUUGUGUUUUAAAUUCUUAAUUACCUUUGUGUAAAAUCAUGACUUGUGUUUUAAAUUCUUGAUUACCUUUGUGUAAAAUCACUCUCUCUAGAUUUUCCUUGUUACACAUUUGAAUUUUCCCUUAGUAGGGGUAUUACUCAUGAUAGUCUAGUUAAUUUUCUUGCUUUCCCCAUGUGGUUUCUCUACCAUUCUUAUACAUCCUUUAUGUAGAGGUAUCAAUGUCAAUUGAUUAAAUUUUUAAGAUCUCAUUUGAGUUUUUGUUCUUUUAAUUGUGGAAGUAUUUAUUUUGCUCCGAAUUUGACAUAUAAAUUUCCUCUCUCCUUUGUCCUUCCUUUAUCUUCAAAUAUUACAUGACAGUGUGCUGCAUUGGUAGCCUUUUUAACUCGUACUUUUCUGAGAUUGAUUUGUCUGCUUCCUAUGUUUGGGAAUUCUCUCUUUUAUCAAUUGAUGUUUAUUUUUUGUGGAAAUGUCGUCAUCUCAUUUAAAAGCUUUAGCUGAGUUAGAGGACAUACUUUAAAGGGACGACCCGGUUCAUACCUACUCCGUAGGUGUCGGGGAGGGGGGGGACCACUCCGGGCCUGACCUACGCGCCCUCACCCCAGCUUCGCUGGAGGGGCGUUUCGAACCUCCGACCCUGGCACACCACGGUAAGCAAGCUUACCGCUGAGCCAAGGCCAUCCCUCUUAGAGGACAUACUUUAAUUACUUAAAUAUAUCUUUAAUUAUGCCCUCUCACGUGUGGGCCUAAUUUUUUUGUUGAACCAAGCACAUUCAAAUUCUCUUUAUGAAAAGUGGCAAUAACAGCUGAACGCAGGAUCUCUACCAUCUUUUCUAAAAAUCUAAGCUGCUACAAAGAACACUAUAAUUAAUUAUAGGUU